AUGAGGUGUCUUUUCUUGGCACUAUUUGUGGCCACCGCCUUGGCGGCCCCGGCGGAAAAGGAGGUCAAGGAGGUCAAGGAAGAAAAGGUCGAGCCUAUUCAACCCAUCCAAGACCCAACCCCAGCCCCUCAACUCAAUGAGAAGCAGCGACAGGAGCUCGCCAAGGUCGGAGAGGUCGCCGAGAGCAUCCUGACCCGCAUGGGAUUCCGCGGGGAUACGCGCCGCGCUCCCCCCUCCAACUUCAACUACCAGAGCGAUGACCUGAACUCGAUCGUGGAUGAAGCCGCCACAAACAGAGUGGAUCUUCAGGGCAUCGCCUCCGGCCAAAUCCCCGGUCUGGCUCCGAUCCCAGUGCCCGGCUUCCCAGGACCUCAAGAUGUACCCACCGUACCUGGCGUCAACACCAUCCCCGGGCUGUCAAACUUUAACUAUAUUGUCGGUCAACUCGUCCCCCAGAUGAUCCCGCCGGCCAACACUCUUCUCGGCUCCUCGAUUAGCCGAAUUUUGCCCAAGGACUCUGCCAAGAACCUCGCAAAGGACGUCUUCAAGGCCAUCCACCCCGCGGCCGAGAAUGUUGACACCGCCAGGAUGAUGGGACGCUGGUUCCAGGUCAUCAACAGCCCGCACGUCAUCCGCGAGGCGUGCACCGUGCUUCACUUCGGAGCUCAGAGCAACAGCACCUACGCCGCCACCUUCACCCUGUUGAAGUUCUACCGCGAAGGAAACGCCAAUGGACCCCCACGAUUCUCCCUGGGCUACGGGUUCAAGAGCGGCGAAACCGGCCAGUUCGUGCUCCACACAUCUAAUGCCCCCGACGCUGAGCCUUUCUGGAUCAUCAAGAAGGGACCGCUCAACGAGUACAACCAGUACGACUACGCCAUUGUGUCUAACUGGGUCCGUUUCCCCGUGUUCGUCAUCGCCAGAGAUCCGGCGCGCUUCCAGAAGGAGCACAUGAAGAACGUGCUUGAAUUCUUGGAGGCCAAUAACUACAUCAACGUCAUGACGAAGGCGUUCAACAUGAUCUCCCCGGUCGACUACAACGCGUGCCAAUACACACCCACCUUCAGCACGGCCGGC